GGUAGGUCCUAGGCCGGGGGAGGGGCGUGAACGGGGGAGUGACGUGCGUAGUGGACUUGCGAAGCGGGAAGCCGCGAGGUGCUGCGCGGGCGGGACAGAGGGGCUGCGGGAGGGGCCCGGGGUCUGAGUUUUUUAAAAAAUGGAACCUUGUUCCUGUGAUACUUUUGUGGCAUUACCUCCAGCAACUGUUGGUAACAGAAUUAUUUUUGGAAAAAAUUCAGAUAGAUUGUGCAAUGAAGUACAGGAGGUAGUUUAUUUUCCUGCUGCGGUUCACGAUAACCCGAGAGAACAUCUUCAGUGUACUUAUAUAGAAAUUGAUCAAGUUCCUGAAACAUAUGCUGUUGUCCUUAGUCGCCCAGCUUGGUUAUGGGGGGCAGAAAUGGGAGCCAACGAGCACGGAGUUUGCAUUGGAAAUGAAGCUGUAUGGGGAAGAGAAGAAGUUUGUGAUGAAGAGGCACUACUGGGCAUGGACCUUGUCAGACUUGGCCUUGAAAGAGCUGAUACAGCUGAAAAAGCCCUCAAUGUCAUUGUUGAUCUAUUAGAAAAAUAUGGCCAGGGUGGAAAUUGUUCAGAGGGUAGGAUGGUAUUUAGCUAUCACAAUAGUUUCCUGAUAGCUGAUAGGAAUGAAGCCUGGAUUCUGGAGACUGCAGGGAAGUACUGGGCUGCAGAAAAAGUACAAGAGGGAGUUCGUAAUAUUUCUAAUCAGCUUUCUAUAACAACCAAGAUUGAUCGGGAACAUCCAGACAUGAGAAACUAUGCUAAGCAGAAAGGUUGGUGGGAUGGUAAAAAGGAGUUUGAUUUUGCUGCAACAUACUCUUAUCUUGACACAGCGAAGAUGAUGAUUUCACCAGGCAGAUACUGUGAAGGCUACAAGCUUCUGAAUAAAUACAAAGGAAAUAUAACUUUUGAAACAAUGAUGGAAAUUCUCCGAGAUAAACCAAGUGGCAUUAAUAUGGAGGGAGAAUUCCUGACCACUGCAAGCAUGGUUUCUAUUUUACCUCAAGACUCCAGCAUUCCUUGCAUUCACUUCUUCACAGGGACUCCUGAUCCUGAGAGAUCCGUUUUUAAGCCUUUCAUAUUUGUACCAAAUAUUUCACAACUAUUGGAUACCAGUUCACCAACAUUUGAACUUGAAGAUCCAGUUAAAAAGAAGCCACGUUUUCAGUUUAAGCCUGACAGAAGACACCCGCUCUACCAAAAACAUCAACAGGCAUUGGAAGUAAUAGAUAAAAAGGAGGAAAAAGCCAAAACCUUGUUGGACAAUAUGAGAAAACUGGAGAAAGAACUAUUCAAAGAGAUGGAAUCAAUUCUUCAAAACAAGCAUCUUGAUGUGGAUAAAAUUGUUAAUCUCUUUCCUCAGUGUGCAAAAGAUGAAAUUAGAAUUUAUAAGUCAAACAUUAGUUCCUAGUGGUCAGAUAAAUUGUCAGCAGUCUUCUUCAAAGUCAGAAUCUAUCACCUUGGUAAAUGAUAUAACUUAGUUUGAGCAGAUCUCAUUAUUCUUUAAUAGCAUUUAUGUUAAGGACCUAUUAGAACUACCUAUAGCCUUGCUGAAAUAUUGAGAAAGAAAAUAACAUUGGAAUUAGGCACAUAUUUCAUGGGAUAGCCAGGAGGUAUUUCAGGUAUUUACUUGUGUGUUUGUUUGUUUUAGCCCUAAUACCUUUAAAAAAUUAUAAUAAUUAAAUAUUCAAUUCUGUAUAAAGCAUAAAAAGUUAAAAUAAUGCAUAGAUUUAUGUUUAUUAUAAUUAUGUAUUGUCCUCAAAUAAUUUUCUCAUUGGCAGCAAGGAAGAAAAUUUUUCUUUAGUAAUGGAAAAUAUUGUUUCUCAAGUAAUGAAUUUUUUCUCAUUAGGGAAACAAAAUAUUCUAGAUUUACACAUUGUCUUGUAGUGUAUUAAUUCUACAAGUACACUUUUAUUAAACUCAAACAUGCUUUUUUCAAGACUUGGCUGACGGUGAGCUUUUAGCUCUAUCAAGCAGUUUUUCAGCUAUGCACCUUUAAAGGCUUUUAACAUUUUUAGAAGAGCUUGUCUGGGGAUUAGGAAAUGGGAUAAGGCAACCAAGACCUUAGGAGAUACUGUUUCUGUGUCUCAAACCUUUCUCAAAUUUUAUUUCUGUUCACUCAGUGAAAACAGCAACAGGAGUGAGGUAGUGGCAAUGAAAUAGGAUUGUUAGUGUAUUAUGAACAUUAAGAACAUUAUAGUGUAUAGUGUAUUAUGAACAUUAUAAAUGAGUAAUGUCUACCCAAAGUUUAUAAAACUUUGUUAAAGUGACAUAGAGAUUACCAAGUAAGACUCAAAGUUGCAAAUGUAAACAAAAGAAAAAUCCAACUCAAAAUAACACUAUUUAUUGGUUUCUAGGAAUAUCUAUUUUAGGUAUUUGAUUAUAUUAUCAUAUUUAUUUGUUGCCAUCAUUGUAAUUAGGAUUAUUACUAAAGUAGUGGAUCAUUAUAUUUAAAGAGUGCCCAGGAAAAUUUUUUUUAAAGUUCUCUCAUAACAACCAUAAUCUGCCUGAUUUUGCUCUUGGCUAAUACAGGGAUGCCAUUACAAAAGAGAAGAAUUUUAGAUUUAGAGCAAAACUGAGCAGAAAGUACAGAGUUCCCACAUACCUCCUGUCCCACCUCCAACUUCCCCCUCUAUCAGCAUCCCACACUAGAAUGGUACAUUUGCUAUAACUGAAUAACCUAUAUUGACAUACCAUUAUCCCCCAAAUCCAUACUUUACAUUAGGGUACAUACGGGUUUGGACAAAGGUAUAAUGAUGUAUUAAUGAUCAUAGUAUCAUACAGAGUAGAUUCACUCCUCUGUCAUCUGUGCUCCACCUGUUCAUCUCUCCCUCCCCCUAAUCCCUGACAACUACUUAUCUUUUUUACUGUCUCCAUAGUUUCGCGUUUUCUAGAAUAUCAUAUAGUUGGAAUCAUACAGCAUAUAGCCUUUUCAGAUUUGCUCUUUAACUUAGUUGCAUUUAAGUUUCCUCCAUGUCUUUUCAUGGCUUGAGAGCUCAUUUCUAUUUCGUGCUGAAUAAUAUUACAUUGUCUGGAUAUCUUGGUUGCUGAUAAUCUACUACUGAAGAACAUCUUAGCUGCUUCCAUAUUUUACCAAUUACGAAUAAAGCUGCUAUAAACAUAUGGGUGCCGGUUUUUGUGUAGACCUAAGGUUUCAGGUUUUUUGGGUAAAUACCCAGCAACAUGAAUGCUGGAUGGUAUGGUAAGAGUAUGUUUAGCUUUGUAAGAAACUGCCGCACUGUCUUCCGGAGUGACUAUGAUUUUGCAUUCCACCAGCAAUGAAUGAGAGUUUCUGUUGCUGCACAUCCUUGUCAUUAGGCAUUGUCGGUGUUCUGGAUUUGGGCCAUCUCAAGGUGUGUAGUAGUAUCUCAUUAUUUUAAUUUGCUGAUGACAUGAUGCAGAGCAUCUUUUUUUUUAAGAUUUUAUUUACUUAUUAGAGAGAGAGCAAGAGUGGGGGGAGGGGCAAAGGG